AUGUUUCAUGCAUCAAAUUUGACCAUUUAUUGUCCCCAUUUCGGAGAACCUACACGAAAGCCAUUCAUCGAACCCGAAUGCCUCUCAAUGAGACAUUGUCUCCCAACGGCUUGGACUAUCAAAACGAUGCUUGAAAUAAUGAUUGUUUCUUGGUGGGAACCCUACUGUGAGCCGAUGUUUACCACUCCAUCAAUUGCAAAUUGCCUUUUCGUCUUUUCUCUUUUGGCACUCAUCGUGUACACAGUGGUUUUUGCUCAAAUUUGUCGCCACAAGAAGUUGAACUUCGGCUUUCGUGUUUGCACUUGUUUACUUUACAUAGCUGAUGCCCUAACGCUUUGUAUGUCGGCUAGAGAAGCCCAGAUCCAAGGCUGUGUGCUAAUGUUGCGAGUCGAUCUCGAAUAUGUAUGGCAAGGUGGAAAGACGGCCAUCCAAGAUCUUUUAAUCCACACAAAUCUUCUGAUGGCUUUCCUCAGAUAUCAGGAGCUCACUCACCUCACACCAAACACAGAAAGCGGCAACAAAUGUACUCUAUUAUUUGGAGGGCUUUUGGCUGUCGCCUUUUCAUUGCUCUCCUUUUUUCUUGUCGCAUACGGUUUCACCAACGUUAUCUCUUAUGAAACGAGAGCCUAUUGUGACAAACAAAUUUGGCCAACGCAUAUGCUCUACUUAUGUUCGAGUCGUGUACGCGAGGCGAUAAGAGCGGAAACGUUAGCCAAUUUACGAGAAAUCAAAUGCAUUAAGGCACAAAAGGGUGAACACGCUGAAGAGAACACACCG